AUGGCAAAGACAUUGACCUCAGGACGGGAGGGACACGAACUCUCUCCUCGAUACCAAGAUGUGCACAGCGUCAGCGUGGUCACCGCCGCUUGUGCUGUUGAACAACUGCUACAGUUCUUUGGAAUCGAUGAAUUUCAAUUAUCGAUCGAUUGCUCGGGUAAGCACACUUGUCCUAGGUUACGCCGGCUCUGGCUUGGAGCUCGAUGGAAGCUGACUGCUCGUUUCGCGCCGCGCGGCAGCGGAAGUUUUACCACCAUGCCCUCGAGGGACCUUCUGGAGCAGGCAGCGGAGCUGAACAUGCUAGCAGCAUCGUGGAUUUAUCUCGCUUGUGAAUAUCUCAUCGGUUUGGCAUGA